CGGGGCCUCGAGGAGUUGAGGACGGAAGUCGAGCGCGUCAUUUCCGUCUGCUGUAUAACAGAGGAGUCCCGCGGAGCUCGGGAGGGCGGCGAUUGACAGGUCUUUCAAAUGCCAUGGGAAGAGGAGUCAGAACUUACAGAGAGGGAUGAAGCUGCCAGAGUCAUUCAGAAGGCCUGGAAGUGUUACCUUAAUGUCGCUGUAUUCCAACACUAUAAAGGACUGAUUGAUAUCAGAAGAAAAGGGGAGCCACGUCAGAUAGUGAAAUAUAUUGAUCCUAAAGAGGCAGAGCUUCUAGAUGCUGCUGCUGGCGUUCAUGUACGAUUCAGAUUAGGUGGUGUUAAAUUUCCACCUGAUAUAUACUAUAAAAUUUUCACUCAUAGACAUAUUGAAGAUCUGUGUGCUAAUAGCCCUAGAAAUUAUACAAAAGUUCCAGCAAAAUAUACAUCUCAUAUUAAAAGUGAUGAUCUUCAGGAAGAGAAUCAUAGUGGCUGGUAUCGUCGUGUAGAAAACAAUGGCUGGAGGCCUGUCACCGAUACAUUUUGGAUGUCUACUGAAAAUGCAGAGGUAGGAGAAGAAAAAGAAAUUGAAUUCCAUUUCUCUAAACUGAAGAGAAGGCAAGAUGUGGAAAAGAAAAGAAAAAUCAGAAAGAUAGAAUGGAUGAGGAAAAUGUACUAUGCAGGAAACCUAGAGGCUAAGUCAACAAAUCGUAGAACUCUAGAUUUAAUUCACACAGCAACCAAGGGGCUCAUGAGAGCUGUCGAAAGCGGUGGACUAGAUUCAGUGAUGGAAUGGGAAGUGGAUGAAGUGCUGAACUGGACAAAUGCCCUGAACUUUGAUGAGUAUAUUGCCAACUGGAAGGAAAUUGCUACAAGCAACUCUUCAGAUAACUUCAAAAGUUACACACUUGAGCAACCAUGGAAAAAAAGAUUUGACUAUGCAGAUCUAUCAGAGGAGAAAAUGGGAACACCAGAAGAUAAUUUAGAUGGAAAUAUUUAUAAAAAGUCAAAUUCUACUAGACUAACACCUGAUUCUACUUACGGAAUAUAAUAAUGAAGUACUCUGCUUUUCUGAGCUAUAGCCCUUCAAGCCCGGAUUCUAUUGGUUAUAGUCAAGAGAGAGUUUGUUCUGUCCGGGAUGACUUGCAUUUUUUUGGGCACAGAAUCUGUGUAGCUCAA